ACAGCACCACGUGUUCGAUCUUAUCCUUUUCUUCUUCCCACACGCUAUAAAAAUACUCUGCCUUUAACCCCUUGGAACCCUAACCGUUACCCAAUCAGAGAAAGAAAGAUAAAAUUCUCAAAAUGGCAGCCAGUUCGAUCCCCAUCCGAGUCGCCGGAAUCCAACCGUGCGCCACCUCCGGCCACCGCAGGACCGAUCCCGAUCGCCGGAGAGCCUCCUCCACCAGCUGGUGGACCCCGCUGUUCGGCUGGUCCUCCGAACCGGACUACAUUGACUCAAACAACAGAGCAUCGAGUCUUCAACGGACCAAGCCGGAACCGGUUACGGCGGCGACGGAGUCGAAAGCGCCGAGACCGCGCUUCGCCGGUUGCUUCACGGAGGAGAAGGCGAAGCAGCUCCGGAUGAUGACCAGCAAGUCUUUUCACGACACCAUGUAUCACUCCGCGAUCGCUUCUCGACUGGCCUCAGACUUCAAGGCUCGCUCCGAUCCGUAACACUUGAACAGUUUACUAAUUCUUCUUUGGUGUAUUUUGCGGAUUGUUUGUAGCCUAAUUUUUAGGGUUUCAAAUGUAACCGUUGACGUAUAAUGGAUUAGAAUUUUAGAAUUUAGGUUAUCAACAUGGUGUAUAUAAGAAGGAUUUAAGAGUAAAAAUAUAAAUAUAAUUGACGAUUGUUGUUUGGAAUUCAA